AUGAAGAAGUACUCUGCGCACGAGUUUGCCACAUUGCUCGUCGUCGUGCUAGCUAUCAUCUCCACCGCUGGUGGAGGAGGAGCAGUUGCCGUCGUCGGCAGUAAUAGGGUUCAGGAAACGACGUCGUCGGGGCCGGGGCCAUACUGCAACAACAACCACGCUUCGGAUGACUACGAGGCACACAAGGCGCACGUGCUCGACGAGCUGGCCAACGUGACCCCGACGACUCAAGGGUACAGCUACGCCACCACGUUCCCUGACCCGGCCGGCGGUGACGUCGUCCACGGCGAAGCCGUUUGCACUCGGGGCGUCGGGGUUUCGGAGUGCGUUGGCUGUCUGAUCGGGGCUAAGCUUUCGCUGGCGCAGACAUGUGCUUUCUACCUUUCCGGCGUGGUGAAGCUCUCUCUCUGCGGCAUGAGCUUCGUCCCCGUGGUGGCUGCCGGCUAG